UGAUACGGUGAAUGCCCUAUACAGCACCAGUCAGACAUCUGUAGAGCACUGUGUGAAGAAGAGUCGGCUCGGACAUUUAUAUUUAUUAUCUCAGUGAUUUUUUGCAUUUUCAUUGCCUAAUUUAAGUGCCUGUGAGGGCUUCAAAUUUUAUCUACCAUCAGUUUGUGAUACAAUCCAUAAUAUUCGAAAAUGAUUACCAUCAGGAAUACCGCCAGAUUAGGAUUAAACUUGUGGCACAAACGAUCAAUUGCAAGUCUCGCUGCGCUCUCGGAGACACAUCAGAUGCUGCAAAAAACAUGUCGUGAUUUUGCCGAUAAUGAACUCAUUCCGGUAGCGGCAAAGAUUGACCGAGAGCAUCUGUACCCGGGCGAGCAGGUAGAGAAGAUGGGUGAGCUUGGUCUGAUGGCGGUUGCUGUAGACGAAAAGUACGGUGGAACAGGGCUGGAUUAUUUGGCGUAUGCUAUCGCUAUGGAGGAAAUAUCACGUGGAUGUGCUUCGGCAGGGGUGAUUAUGUCUGUGAAUAAUUCUUUAUACCUGGGCCCGGUUGAACGAUAUGGAAAUGAGGAACAAAAACAAAAUUAUAUCGUCGGAUAUACCGAUGGUAAGAAGGUGGGAUGCUUUGCUCUGUCCGAACCUGGUAAUGGAUCGGAUGCUGGAGCGGCAUCCACGGUAGCCAACUUGAAAGGUGAUCGAUGGGUGUUGAAUGGUACCAAGUGUUGGAUCACGAAUGCCUAUGAAGCAGAGAGCGCUGUAGUCUUUGCCACGACGGACAAGAACCUUAAGCAUAAAGGCAUUUCUGCCUUUAUUGUGCCGAGAAGUGCUAAAGGCUUUUCACUGGGCAAAAAAGAAGAUAAACUAGGAAUUCGAGGAUCUUCCACUGCGCAGCUAAUUUUCGAAGAUUGCGAAAUCCCAAAGCAAAACCUACUGGGAGAACCUGGUUUGGGAUUCAAAAUUGCCAUGCAAACACUGGAUGCUGGUCGCAUUGGUAUCGCUAGUCAAGCUCUUGGAAUUGCACAGGCUUCCUUGGAGUGUGCCGUCGAUUACGCCAACAAACGCAUUGCGUUCGGUAAACCAAUAUCAAAGCUUCAAGCUAUCCAGCAGAAGAUUGCCGAUAUGUCACUGGGUAUCGAAUCGGCACGACUUCUAACGUGGCGGGCAGCUUGGCUCAAGGAUAACAAGAAACCAUACACCAAGGAGGCAGCCAUGGCCAAAUUGGCUGCCUCGGAAGCGGCCACCUUCUGUGCUCAUCAGUGCAUUCAGGUUUUGGGAGGAAUGGGCUACGUAUCGGAUAUGCCGGCCGAGCGACACUACCGCGAUGCUAGAAUAACGGAGAUCUACGAAGGCACGUCGGAAAUCCAACGACUGGUGAUUGCUGGGCAGAUUAUCAAAGAACUUUCGUCGUAGGAAUUGUUUUCGUUUGAUUUCAUACUUUUUUCUAUUAAUAAACGAAUCACUGUAGUAUUGUUUUUGUAAAUUGAA